AUGACAAGUAAAACCUCUAAUAAGGUGCAGGUGGAUGUCCACCGUGAAUCUAGCGAGACGGCCAGUUCAAGUGGCAGGAGGCGUGAACCACAUAGUCUGCUUGAACAAACGGUAACAGCCGAUUCACGCUCUAAUGAGCAAACACAACUACAGCAAACCUUGGAGCAAGGGUUUGCUAAAAUGGCAACUAGUCUAACUACGGCGAUAGAAAAUGCAUUUAAAAAUUUCUCUGACAAGUUUGAUGUAGAUCCUAUUGAGGACGAACUUCUCACAGAACUAGAAGGAGAACUUGAAAGAAAUGGCAAUGCUAAUGGCAGUGAUGGCGAAAAUGGCCGCCAAAACGACAGACACAGUCAGGAAGCAUGA